UUAAUCAAUUUCAAUGCCAAUUUCCGUGUCAUUUUAAAGGACGGAAAUCACCAGCAGCAUGGAUUUCCGGUUAGUGUUGUAUUUUGCCGCGUUGCUGGCAUCAUCACAAGCGAAUUAUAAACCGGAUUGGGCAUCUUUAGAUGCGAGACCGCUUCCCUCUUGGUAUGAUGACGUCAAAAUCGGCAUUUUCUUGCACUGGGGUGUGUUUUCAGUUCCCAGUUUUGGAUCUGAGUGGUUUUGGUCAAAUUGGGAAGGAAAAGCGAAGGGGUAUCAAGAGUUCAUGACCCAGAACUACAAGCCUGGAUUCUCUUAUCAGGAGUUCGGACCUCUUUUUACGGCGGAAUUUUUCAACCCUGAUGAGUGGGCGGAUGUCUUUGAAGCAUCCGGUGCUAAGUAUAUUGUGUUGACAAGCAAGCAUCACGAGGGUUUUACUCUUUGGCCAUCAAAAGUCUCUUGGAACUGGAAUGCAAAAGAUAUAGGACCAAAAAGAGAUCUUUUGGGAGAUCUUGCUGACGCUAUUCGUAAUAAGACAGAUCUGCAUUUUGGCGUUUAUCACUCAAUGUAUGAAUGGUUCAAUCCCCUGUAUUUGACAGACAAGUCAAAUAAGUACACAACACAGUACUUCGUAGAUGGCAAAACAAUGCCUGAACUCAUUGAACUGGUGACGCAGUACAAACCGGAGGUUAUCUGGUCUGAUGGAGAUUGGGAAGCUUCUGACACAUACUGGAAGAGUAAAGAAUUUCUGGCUUGGUUGUACAACACAAGUCCUGUGAAAGACGUUGUAGUCGUCAAUGACAGAUGGGGCUCUGGUAUUCCCUGCAAACACGGAGGAUAUUAUACAUGUACGGAUCGGUUUAACCCAAAAACUCUGCAGGCUCACAAAUGGGAAAAUGCCAUGACUUUAGACAAGCAAUCAUGGGGUUUUAGAAGAAACGCUGACUUGAGUAGCAUAUUAACGAUCGAAGAACUCAUAACCACAUUAGCUGAAACUGUAAGUUGUGGAGGAAAUCUCUUAAUAAACGUUGGCCCCACCCACGAUGGAAGAAUAGUACCAAUCUUUCAAGAGAGACUUAAACAAUUAGGGUCUUGGCUGAAAGUCAAUGGUGAAAGCAUUUAUAGUACAAAACCCUGGACAGCUCAAAAUGAUACUUUGACUCCCGGAGUUUGGUACACAUCGAAGGAAUCUACAGUUUAUGCCAUCGUUUUGAGUUGGCCGAAAAAUAGUGUACUAACUCUCGGAUCCCUGCAAGUGAAACAGAACAGUGUAAUAUACAUGCUUGGGGUGAAUGCGCCAUUGCCUUACAAAGUUUCUUCUAAGACCGUUUCCGUCAGUUUCCCGACUUUGACACCUAGUACCAUGCCUUGUCAAUGGGCGUGGGUUUUGAAAGUUACUCAGGAAGCUAAAGAUACCAACGAAAUUUAAAAAUUAAAUUUAAAAAAGUAGAAUCUUUCGUGCAAAUUUCCAGAUUGUGUUAUGUGUUUAAAGUAUUUUGCUUUUGAUUUCAAUUUGAUUUUUUUGUCAAACAGUUUUUGUGUGUUAAGUUAUUCGACAGAUAAAAUUAUGCGUAAUUUCAAAGUAUUUCCAGAGUUUGAGAGAAGUUUCUUAAUUAUAUAUUUCAUUUCGAAAUAGUGAGACAGUUUUUCUCCGAAACUCAUUUUGAACGAACA